GAGCACACAAGAGCCGAACAGCGGUUCUUUUCAUUCGUUGAGUCCGCUGUUCGCCGCACCCACUUUCACUUCUCCCAAACUCCGACCGGUGAUUUCUUCUUGCUCCAUAAAAAUGGCCAGCAGAAAACUUGCUCGUGAUUUCUUCUUCUCCAAGCAACGUCUUUUCCUCCACUUUUUACCCCAUCAACAGUUCCAGCAAUCGAAUUCCAAGCUUAGGUUGAUUACUGGAAAUGGGUAUUCGUUUAAUCGUCAAUUUAGUGUGUUUAAUGAGUUUUCCAACAAGAUUAAAGGUGAAGCUUCAAGUAAUAAGGAAUUCCAACAAUCAGUUAAGCAGCUGAAAGAGAAAGCAGAUGAGUUAAAAGGAGUAAAAGAAGAUCUUAAAAUCAGAGUGAAACAGACAACUGAGCAGCUACACAAGCGUGUUGAUGGUGUGUGGACAGAAGCUGAAGAGACUGCAAAGAAGGUUUCUGCAAAUAUGAAAGAAAAGAUAUCAUCUGCAAAAGAGGAGGUUAAAGAGACUCUGGGUUUAAAAGGCCAAGAACCUUCAGCAUCUAACAAUACUAAGGAAAAUGAAAGUGGUAAUGUUAAAGAUGAGGCCAAAUCCUCAUCUGGUGAGCCACACCAGCAAUCUGAGCCUAGCGGUACUGCAGAGACUUUAUUUAGUAAUUUUAGGUCAACUUUUGCUUCGUCUUCUCCCAAGUUUUCAUCAGCCUUUCAGAAAUUGAAGGAAGCAAAGGUAGCUGACUUAGCUAAAAAGAGUUAUACCAUAGUGAAGGAAGAAUUGAGUGGAAAACCAAAUAGAAGGAAAAGAAUGCCGUAUUCUGCUUCAUCGUCAACAGGAGAAACAAGUGACAGAACUGAAGUUGUUGUGGUACCAGUAAAGCAAUCCCCAUGGAGCAAAAAGUGGGAGUCACUAAAAGAAAAGAUGCGAGGCAAUCCAAUGUUUAAACGCGUCACUAGGAUAAGUGAGCCUGUGGUUACAAAGAGCCAAGAGUUGGCUGAAGAUCUACAGGAAAGAUGGGAAACUAGUGAUAGUCCUGUUGUACAUAAAAUUCAAGAUAUUAAUGAUAGAGUUUUUGGAGAAAAUGAUUCUGGAUUAUCGUUCAAGGAAAUUCGUCGUCGUGAUCCAUUGUUUUCUUUGCCCGAUUUUGUAGCUGAGGUUCAGGAAGUGAUCAAGCCAGUUCUGAGUGCUUAUAUCAAGGGGGACAAUGAAGUCUUGGAGAAAUACUGUAGCUCUGAAAUUGUGGAGCGGUGUAAAGCAGAGCAUAAAGUUUUUCAAAGCCAGGAUAUCUUCUUUGAUAAUAAGAUUUUGCAUGUAUCUGAGGUGGAUGUAAGAGAGACUAAAAUGAUGGGUUCUAGUCCCAUUAUUAUUCUUUCGUUCCAAACACAGCAAGUGUAUUGUGUACGCAAUAGACAAGGUUCAAUAAAGGAAGGAAGUCAGUUUUUGAAGACAGCCUCUGAAGAUAGCUGUCUUCCUUGAUGAAGUUGAAACUGUACUAGAUUAGUAGUUGGUCAUUUGAUAAUUUGAGGGCUAUUAAUGCAGGUUUAUAUUUACAGCUGGUGAUAUUUGAUGGAUAGAGAAGUCUCAAUUCAUUUUCUAAAAAAGUGUUGUCUUCAUUGGUUAAAGAUUAAAUUCAACUAUAAAGGGGGCUAAUAUUAAAAGGAAUGAAUUAUGAAAUUGGAUAUUUUCUGCAAAUGAGGCCUUGUAUGCCCUGGAAUGAACCCCAAGGAGCCCCACUAUACAUUGAAUUGAGAGGGUAGAGUAGGUUGCUUCUUAUUUCUGAGAAAUAUGAAGCGUGCAAUAUCAUCUGUCGUGUAGCUUACUUCAUACUAGUGCUACGAGUAUGUAUGUUUUUUUAACAAGUUAUAGGUGUACAGUUUACAUGAAAUUCAUUUUAUGUUUUGGUCUCAAGACUAUCUUAUUACAUCCUACCUUGCUAUAAUGGAAAUAAACAACUCACUGCUUCGAAAUAUUAAUUUUAAUCUUCAGAAAAGCCCAAAACUGGGAACUUAGUGUA